AUGGAUGCAAUCCCCGUGAGCAACAAGACGGCCGGUGAGCCAGAAAGCACAUACAACAGUGCACUCGAAGCAGGCGCCGGAAUAACUCAAAACUUCGCUCCAGUCAAACGCGUAUGCGCCCACCUCAACGCCUUCCACGCAUACGCCCACGAGCCAAAACGUGCUGCCGUAGAAGCAAACCACUACUGUGCCCAUCUAAACGAUGAAGUCCGGCAAUGUAUCCUCUAUGACUCGCCCGAGCCGGGUGCACGAAUCAUUGGCAUUGAAUACAUGAUCUCACCAAAACUCUACUCAACACUCGAGGCCGAAGAGCAAAAGCUCUGGCACUCACACGUCUUCGAGGUAAAGUCUGGAAUGCUGAUUAUGCCACGGCCCACUGGCGUUCCGGAAGCCGCGUGGGAAGUUGCUGAGAACAGGGAGAUGGAAGAGGUCGUCGAACUAUAUGGUAAGAUCUACCACUUGUGGCAGACGGAUCGCGGGGACAAGUUACCGUUGGGGCCGCCACAGUUGAUGACGAGUUAUACGGCUGCUGAUCAGAUGCCGGAUUUCGAGAAGAGGUUGGCGGAGAGGGAUCAGAGGUUUGCGAGUGACUACAAGAGGAAGAAGGAGGUGAGGGAGUAUAUCGAAGUGCCCAGGAUCCAUGAGAAUGCGGAUGCAACGUGGGCGAAGGGAGGAAUUGGACAUGCGGCGUAG